UUGUUGUUGGUUUCGGUAAGUCUUUUUCCCAACAAAGAUGUCAUCUUUGAUUUUCCCCGCGCAGUAUGCGAAAAAUCCAUCAUUUCUGGCUAUGUUAUUUAGAUUUUUGAGAUUGAUUGUGGCUUGAAUAAUCGUCUUCCUGACUAACAAUUAGGAGAAGUAAAUUAAAUAUGUCGAACGAUCCCGAUUAUUUGGUGGCUUUGGAAAUGCAAAAGCGAUGGAAUGCGGAAUCUAGUAUAGAUUUGAAUAGCAGUGAUUGUAGUGACCCGGAGAUUGUCAACUACAGCAUGCCGCCACCGUCAAAGAAACCUCUACGAAUAAAGCGAAGCAAUCCAACUUCUAACCAAGACGAAGACUACUUGAACCGUACACAGAAUCUUGUCCAUCCACAAUGGGAAACUUUAGAUCCUACACCGGAUGUAUUUGCACUGUUUGCUGCAUUCGAUGAUAAAUUUUUCCAAAGUCGCUUAAAAUGUGUGACACUUGAGUGGAGUAAACGCAUGUAUACUUGUGCUGGCAUAUGUUAUUCGCGACGUAACCGUUUUGGAAUGGACAUCACAAUCCGCUUAAGCGAACCGCUACUUAAAUUACGACCUCGCAAGGACUUAGUAGAGACUAUGCUGCACGAAAUGAUUCAUGCAUAUUGUUUUGUCUUAAAUAUCCGUGAAGGAAAUGGCGGUCAUGGACCAAACUUCAAAAAGAUCAUGUAUGCUAUAAAUAAAGUUGCAGGGACUAACAUAACAGUAUACCACACAUUUCAUGACGAAGUUGACGUUUAUAAGCAGCACUGGUGGCGGUGCAAUGGCAGUUGCCAAAAUCGUGCACCUUUUUUUGGCUAUGUAAAACGUACAUCAAAUCGUGCGCCUGGGCCAAAUGAUCAGUGGUGGGCAGCACAUCAAGAAUCUUGUGGUGGCACGUUUAUGAAAAUCAAAGGCCCUGAUAAACCAAAGAAACAAAACAUGGUAAAACAGGCAAAACCAGACAAAACUAAAGAUCUACGUACUUUCUUCCCUACGGCGGAUAAAAAAAUAAGUUCUACGCCGAAACUAUCUGAUGCUAACAACGUGAGAGGUUUCAAUUCUGGUAGUACGGGCCUAAGUAGCGUCAAAGGACCAAUUAAAACAAAUGGAGGGGGUACACUCCUUGUAAACCCUAAAACAAAGCCACCUCUUACGAAACCUAUUGAACGCCAACCUUCAAUAGCAUCUGCUUUUCCACCAACCUCCUAUCCAGGUCUAUCAAGUGAUCCUUUCAAUGAGAAAACCGCCACGCCUAGCAAGCGUUUACCCUCAAUGGGUGGUAACUUACGUAAUGUUGUUAGUUUUUCAAAUUUGAAUGGUAAUGGUGAUGACUCAGUAGGUCGUAUUAAUUCGAAUACCAAUGCAAAUGCUGCUUUCAUUGGUAGUGGUUGCCAAGUUGGAGCCAAUAGUACGAGGGGGGUGAGCUCAUUAGGUAGUCCACGUAGAGAUGUGGAUCGUAAUCAUUUACGAGAGCUUUGGUUAAAACGUUUUGAUAACGGUAAAGGAAAUGAAAGCCCGAGAAUAAAUAGCAAUAUGAAAUUAACGCGCUUUCUCGACAGCGAUGCAGACGCACCUGCAGGCGAUGUUAAACGAAGACGCAUCUCUAGCGAUAGCGCAAUACCGAAUAAUGCAACGAAGGAGACCAAAUCGCAAUCUGAUGACUGGCUUGUAUUGGAUGAUGAGAUAAUGUUAAGGGAACAGCCCACAGAGACUAUUGCAAUAAUUUCCGAUGACGAAGAGGAUGAUGUUGUAGCUACGGAGGAUGAAGAGCUACAACCAAGAAAACGUUUAAUUCCACUCACUGCUGAUGAACGUCAAACUGCUAUCAAAAAGGAAAUUCUUGAGGACACUACCGAUUUGCUGGAUGACGAUAUUAUCCUCAUAGAUGACGAAUACGACGAUAAUCCACAGGCAGACACCAAUAACUUGGCAAACAUAUCGGCCGCCGCACAACUGGCUGAUACCUCUGUUAUAGAUGAGUUCUUUGGAGACGAUACAAUGCUGCGAGAUUUCAAUCGGGAAAAUGAUGUUAAGCCAACAGGUUCCUGGAAUUUUUCCAACCCUAAUGAUGACAUCAUAACUUGCCCAAUUUGCCAGGGUAAAAUGAAGCGCUGUUUAUUCGCUGACCAUAUGGACGGUUGUACUGGCAUUGCAAUUAAAAUAGCGCCACCUAAACAUUUACUAAAGAAGCUGUCAAGUACAUCGCGACCUUUAAAUCCAACGCGUGCGCCACGGCCCUCACGCAAAGAGAUAUUGCGCAAAGCUGGCUAUUCGGAACAGGAUUUGAUCAAUCUUACUUCGACCAGUGAUGAUGAAUUUUCCACUAGUAACAGUGACAUUAACCUCGCCUCACCGAGCAGGCCUAGUACUAAUUCAACAUCAACCGAUUGGAGCCCAGAAGACAUGGAUACGAGGCGCUAUCGACAAAGAAAUAUUCUAAAAAGCACAAUUCAAUGUCCCAAUUGUGGGCAAGAAGUUGAGCCAGAUACAAUUAAUGAUCAUUUGGAUGAUUGCCUCUCUCCCUAGUUGAGUUAAAUUUUAAGUAUAUGUACGCAUUUAUUUUAUAAAAAUUACAAUGUAUUUUCGUUGCUCAGUGUGCUAAGUUCAUCAUACAUAAUUAUUACAGCCUUGACAUUCAUUUCCAUAAAAUAAAAUUUCUUUACAUAAUUUUA